AUGAACAUAAAGAAGUAAGUGAGCUCAACUUCAUUCUUUGACAUAUCAAAAGGCUCUUUAUGGCAGAAUACAACGGCUUCCCGCAAUAUAAAUGAGUCAAUUUAAGAAAAUUUUUACAUUUACUCUUGCAAACACAAUAGCUAUAAGGUUAAGACAUUGUAUUUGUAAAAUCAUUUCAUUUUUAAAAGAAAAAAGAAUGGGUAAUAUCAAAUCGCAGAUAUUCUCAAUGCAACAAUUUGUGAAAUUGAACAACCUAAUUACGGUGCUGGAAUCAGAAUUACUAAGGCAGGUCAGGUUAUUGAAUUAUAUGGUAUGACGAUAGCCUGGCUUGAAUAAUUAAGAUUUUAUUGCAUUCAACAAGAUUUCGCUAACAAGUAUAGUAUCCAUAGGUUACUGGGAAAAGGUACAUUUAGUAAAGUGUUCAAAAUAAAAUCAAGAAUUACCCAAAGAGACUUUGCUGCCAAAGUAUUUGACAAGAAGACAAUUAUUAACUAUCAAGAUUACUUAUUGAUAACAAAGGAACUUCAAAUAAUCAGAAGUCUAAGCCAUCCAGGAAUUACCAAAUUUUUUGAAACAUAUGAAAGUGAUGAACAGAUUAUUUUAAUAUAUGAAAUGGUGGAGUAAGGGGAAUUAUACACUUUUAUAAAGGAAAAGCAUCUUUCGGAAGAAGAAUCCUUAUUAAUAAUAAAAUAAGUGUUAUAAGCGCUCCUUUAUAUUCACUCUAAAGGAAUCUUACACAGAGACUUGAAGCCAUCCAACCUUCUCUUAAGAGCCAAAAACACAUUAUCAAUAGUCAUAGCAGAUUUUGGGUUGGCAGAAUUCUAUAGGGUCGAUGGAAAGUAUAUUUACACUAGAUGUGGGACUCCAGGUUAUGUUGCUCCAGAAAUUUUACAAGACAAGAUAUACGACUACAAAAUAGAUGUUUAUAGUGCGGGUGUCAUUCUUUUUAUGAUGUUGAGUGGUGGCAAAUCUCCUUUCAAAAGUACAGAUCCAGAGGAGAAAUUGUUCCAAAAUUAUAAAAGUUUAAUAGAUUAUUCUUUGGUUUCAAAUGCCUCUGAAUCAGCAUUUAAUCUAUUACAGAACAUGCUUGAACCUGAUAAUAUUAGAAGGAUAUCAGUAAGAGCAGCUUUGAAUCAUCAAGUCUUUCGAAAUCACAGAGCCAAUAAAUGCACUAUUAUUAUCAGGAAAACUCCUAAAAGCAUUGAUAAAAUAUCCACUCCAAAACUCAUAAUAAACACGAAUAACAAUUUAGAUAAGUACUUGCAAUUAUCACCUAAGUUAUAAAACUUAUCAUUUAAGCCCAUUAACAAUAUGAAAUAAGAGGCUAUUAGAAGAGGAUUUUAAAAAAUGCUAACCUUCUCUCAUAGGUCUCCUUAAUUAUCGCCUGUACAAUCUUCAACUAAACUUGAACAAUUCUCUUGA